CCCGUCACAGACACACUCUGAGAUGCCAAGAAAGUCGCGCCUCACCGACACAGCUCUUCGAGUCGUCAGCGCUGAUCAGUGAGCAGCAGCGUCUCCGUGGCGCUCCCGUUCAUCGACGUUAGCCGGAGAGGUGUGAAAAGUCAGUGUCAUGACUGGAGCUGAGACUGAGGAUGAUAUUCCAUUAGGUGAAAGGAAGACUGUCACAGACUUCUGCUAUCUCCUGGACAAGUCCAAACAACUCUUCAAUGGGCUAAGAGACCUUCCUCAGUAUGGACACAAGCAGUGGCAAUCCUACUUUGGACGGACUUUUGAUGUCUACACUAAACUGUGGAAGUUUCAGCAGCAGCACAGGCAGGUUCUGGACAGUCGGUAUGGAUUGAAGAGAUGGCAGAUUGGGGAAGUUGCAUCCAAAAUUGGACAGCUUUACUACCACUACUACCUUCGUACCUCAGAAACAAGUUACCUGAAUGAGGCCUUUUCAUUCUACUCAGCCAUCCGCCAGCGAUCCUACUAUUUUCAGGUCAACAAAGAGGACAGGCCAGAAUUAGUAGUGAAGAAGCUUCGGUAUUAUGCUCGCUACAUAGUCGUCUGUUUACUGCUCAACAAGAUGGACCUAGUCAAAGUUUUGGUGAAGGAGUUAUCUGAGGAAAUCGAAGAUUACACACAGAGAUUCAACACAGAGGAUCAGCUGGAGUGGAACCUGGUUCUACAGGAAGUGGCAGCCUUUGUGGAGGCAGAUCCAGUGGUCGUCCUGAAUGACAACAACUCUGUGGUCGUCAUCAGCAAUCGGCUGCAGGAAGGAAGCGUUCCUCCACUGGAACAAGGCAUGGUGGUUGGGCAGCUCGUCCUUGCAGAUGCACUAAUCAUCGGCAACUGUAACAACCAGGUGAAGUUCAGUGAGUUGACCAUCGACAUGUUCCGUAUGCUUCAAGCUCUGGAGCGGGAACCUGUGAACCUGGCCACACAGACUUCCAAACAAGGAACGCUGGAGCCCAGUGAGAAACCAGCCAAACGAGAAAACCCUCACAAGUAUUUGCUGUACAAGCCGACGUUCAGCCAGCUGUUUACUUUCUUGUCUGCCUCUUUUAAGGAAUUACCUGCCAACAGCGUUCUGCUGGUUUACCUGUCAGCGACUGGAGUCUUUCCCACUGGUCAUUCAGACUAUGAAGGACCGUAUGAUUUUGGAGGAGUUCUAACUAACACAAAUCGAGAUGUGGUGAAUGGAGAGACGGUGCAGAAGAGGAAUCAAGCCCAGAAAGAAAUGCACUGCCUUCAUCCAGGAGACUUAUUCCCCUUCACCCGGAAGCCGCUCUUUGUCAUCGUGGAUUCUUCAAAUAGCACAGCCUACAAGAAUUUCACAAAUCUUUUUGGCCAGCCUCUGGUGUGUCUACUAUCCCCUACAGUGUAUCCCAAAAGUGUACAAGAUCAGUCUCAGCGUGGGAGUCUCUUCACUCUCUUCCUCUACAGCCCGCUCCUGGCUUUCUCCUCUGUCUGUGGUUUAAACAGUGUGCGACGAGGUCUGUGGGACAGGGCUCAAGAAUUUCUUCGCAAAGUCUACCGUGACAUCGGGCAGAUGAUAACUCGAUCAAGAACCAUAGAUCAAGCCUUUUUGCAAUUCUUUGGUGACGAGUUCCUGCGACUUCUGCUGAUCCGCUUCGUGUUCUGCUCCGCGGCUCUGAGGCUGCAUAAACUGUUCCGGGAGUCCCGGAGCUUCCCGGAGUCGUACCCUGAGCUGCCUAAACAGGACACAGUGGAGAGCAGCCUCCUACAGAAGCACGUCCUGGAGCUGGCCACCAUGCUGGAUGUGCAGAGCCUUUUUUGGGAUGAUUCACUGGAAGCCUACUAACAUCUUUGCAAAGGGCACAAUGGCACAU